CCAGCAGUGGAGGGAGCGUGUGUGUGUACCACGCAGGUUUUUGUGGUCCUGAAGCUCUGUGUUUCACCCCUGCAGGUUGAUGUAGUAAAUGGAAACGGGUUCCUCUAGGAUGCAUGGUUUUUCCGAUAUUUUUAUUUGCGAUGCCAAGACAGUUCAGCGAAAGCUAUUGUAAUAAACUUUGAAUUUAUGCAAGUAAUUAAUUAAACGAACAGAGGAUCGAUUCUCUUAUGAUUCUUAUAAGUUGCCAAUUGGCUAUAGCCUACUGUAACAUAGUUCCUGUGAGAUAUUUCUAAGUAUAGGUUAUUUCGAAGGGAGGAUUGCCUCAUAUUGUGAAUCUCAUUUGGGCUGCGGCUGGUGAGAAACUCGACAGAUCUGACCUCGCUUUUGGAGCUUGCAUGAUCUUGACAGUUCAUGUGACUUGGUUUCCGCUGCUUGCUUGCUUCCGCAAAUACUAAUCCCGGCAAGAGGCAGAUAACGAUUCCCUGCACAUCUUCGAACAAGCACCCUGCUUUAGCGGUCAAUUGGGGAUGCAAGCCAGCGACAUGGUUGCGGGUUCAACCGUCGGUGGUGUGGAGCUUCCGUACCAACACGUCCGCUAAUGGUGUUAAGAUGCCCCUCACCGGCUUCUUCUCCCUGCUGUUUUUCCACCUAUGGCUGAUGUGGAACCUCUUGACUCCAACAUCAAGUCAAUCACUGCAGAGACCGUGCAGACUGGCUUCACAGAUUGCCUUUUGCAACAAUUGUCAGCUUUCGUCGGUGCCAAGAGACCUACCAGGCAACGUCGCAGAGCUUCAGCUAAACAACAACAGCAUCAGAAUGUUGCAGCGUACACAUCUCUCCGGUUAUCCUGCUCUCCGCAUCCUGAGAUGUGCAGGAAACCUACUGCACACUAUCGAGUCAGAUGCGUUCCUCAGCACAAGUCAUAUAGAGAGCCUCAGUUUGGCUGAUAAUAACCUUUCUGAAGGAUACUUGCAGACUGCCCAGGCCUUGCGUACACUGACCCAGCUGAGGACCUUGGAUCUUUCAGGGAAUGGGCUUACAGAAGAAAAGGCUUCCUUUGUUCUGGAGAACUUGACCUUGCUAGAGUACUUGUCUCUCUCCAGGAAUGUCAUGCUGAGAUUGGACAAGGACAUUUUCCGUGACCUUCACCAGCUCAGGGAACUGAACCUGGAGAGGAAUAUGCUCUUUGAGAUAGAUGAUGCUUUUGACCACUUGCAGAAACUCCAAAGACUCAAUGUCGCCUUCAACAGCUUGCCCUGCCUGGUGAACUUUCAGCUUACUCAGUUGUUGGAACUGAAUGCCAGUCACAAUGCUAUCGAGUGGUUCACCUCCCAGCAGGAUAUGGAGGAAAUGUUCCACUUGGAGACUCUUGAUCUCUCAGACAACAAGCUUUACUUCUUCCCUUUUCUGCCCACCCACAGCCACAUUCGGAACUUGCUGCUGUCCAACAAUAGGGUGAACUUUUAUGAGCACCUCACAGACACUGGCACUACUAAUUGGAACACCACGGUUGACUUUUUUAAUCUAAAGGACAAUGCAAGCAAUGUGACAGUCAAACUGUGGGAUGAGAGUCUUUAUGGGGGCAUCUCCUCUAUGGACCUUCUGGACCUGACUGGGAACCAGGUAAACUACCUCCCUCCGGGAUUCCUUGGUAAAAUGCAAUCUUUGUCAAGACUGAAAUUGGGAACAAACUGUUUGGAAUCCUUGGACCUGAAUUCAGAGGAAUUCCCAAGUUCUCUUUAUGAGUUGGACAUGAGCAAUAACAGGCUAACUACUCUCCAAGCUAACCAAAACACAUUGCAUAAACUGAGCAACCUGACACAUCUCUACCUAAGUCUUAAUGACCUACAAGUACUCCCUCCCAGGUUGUUCUCUGCCCUGCCUAACAUUACGACAGUGGAUUUGAGUUAUAACAGAGUACGAGUCUGCUCCUUCGAGGAGAACAGCACCACUCCUGAAUUCUCUGACUGUGCAGUUUGGAACAACAUUAUGUCUCUGAGGCAGCUUUACCUGGCAGGGUGCAGCCUUGAACACCUGCCUUCCGCUGCCUUUGAGAGGACACCCAUAACACACCUGGACCUCUCAAACAAUCCAGAAAUCCUCAUACGGCAAGAUGCAUUGGGGGGUCUUGGCAAAACCUUGCAGUAUUUAAACCUUGGAAACACAGGUCUUCGCGACUUUGACUUCACUCCAUUCCGCCACUUAAAAUCUUUAAACAUUUCUAGUAAUAACAUUGCUCAGCUCCCAGGUUCUUUGGUGAGACUUAACCUUAGAUUGCUUGACCUGAGGAACAACAGGCUGACCACCAUCCCAUCUCAGCAGGCUAACAUGAUUGCCGAAAGGGUUCAGACUCUCUUCCUUGGAGGAAACCCUUUCAACUGCUGCCUGUUGGACUGGUACAGAGCAUUUGAGGCAGAAGAUGUGAUAAAUGUCAAAGACUGGGCAGAAGUGACCUGCCAUUAUUUCACACCUGAUGCAUACAGAGUGGAACUUAUGCAUGGGCAGGUGUGUGGAAGCAGCUUUAGAGACCCCAGUGGGAUAUAUAUUGUAUUUCUUCUCCUUGUGAUUGGCACUUCCAUAAUUAUCUUGAAAUAUAAAAAAGGCAUUUUAUUUGGUAAAAUUAAAUAUUGCACACACACACACAUACGCAUACAAGCAUAAUGUAUGAAUAAAGAAUGAAGUCUGUGUACAACACAUAAUUGGAUGUA